AUGAAGGUAUAUGUGCAAAGUCAUUCAGGAGAGAAACUCUUUCAAUGUGAUGUUUGUAGUAAAACAUUUACAGUUAAAUGUAAUUUGAGAGAUCAUCAAUUGACUCAUAAUUCAGUCACACCUGUCCAAUGUCUAGAUUGUUCUAUGAGGUUUAAAACUGAAAAUUUAAUGCAGAUGCAUUCAAAAACUGUGCAUUCAGAGGUCAAACCGUGUCAUGUGAAAUUCAAACUCAGACGCAAUUUACAACUGCAUAUGAAGAUACAUACUGCAGAAAAACCUUUUAAAUGUACGUCAUGUGAUUAUGCGACUGCACAUAAGAGUUGUCUCAAAAUACAUUUUUGGACACAUACUAAAAUCAAACGUUUUCAUUGUGAAAAAUGUGACAAAUUUUUCACCCAAAAAGCAAAACUUCAGGAUCAUGUCAACAUUCAUAAUAAUAUCCGUUCUUUCAUCUGUAAUCAUUGUAAUAAACCUUCCAAUCGUAAAGACAAUUUAAAAGUUCAUCUAAGAUCUCAUUUAGGAACGAAACCUUAUAAAUGUGAUGUGUGUAGUAAAUUAUUUUCAUCAACUAUUUUCGCUUGCAAAUUCUGUGAUAAACUCUUCAAAAAUAAAGGUAAUUUGUGCCUACACAUGCGAAUACAUUCAGGCUACAAACCUCAUGUUUGUAGCGAAUGUGGGAAACAAUUCAGCAAUAUCGGAUCCCUGCAAACUCACUUGAGAAUACAUACUGGUGAUAAACCGUAUCAAUGUACAGAAUGUGGUAAAAGCUUUAUUCAGAAAACUGGUUUAAAUCAACAUCUACGAACCCAUAAUGGUCAACAACCGUAUGAAUGUCUAACUUGUUUCAAACGUUUCUCUCAAAUUGGAAGUUUGAGAAGUCAUGAGCGAACACACAGUGGGGAGAAGCCAUUUGUUUGUAUUGAAUGUGGCCGAAGUUUCUCCCAAAGAGGGGCAUUAACUGCUCAUACUAGAACUCAUACUCGAGAGAAACCUUUUACUUGUGAAGUUUGUGAUAAAACCUUUACUCAGAAGGCAGGUCUAAUCGCUCACCAACGCUGUCAUGAAGUGAAGGAGGUCAAGGUGGAUGUUGAAAUGCAGUGA